AUGGCGGAUGCCAAUGCCCCUCCUGCAAAGAAGGCGACAAAGGGCAAGGCUGCUGCUGCUGCCAAGAAGACGAGACCUGCUGCUAGCAAGGUGUUCAAGUACUCGGAUCCUAGUACCUUGGCCAACCAAGAACCAGUUGACGUUACCUUUCUUAUGUGGCCCAAAUCCGAAGAGGAAGAAGAGGAGGAAGAGGAGGAGGAUGACGACUCCGAUGAUGAUAAGGCUGAAGUUGGGCCUCUGCAAGCCAUCUUGGAUGGUUUCGAAAACGAGCGAGAGAAGGCGUACAGCGAAGCAUUCGAUUCCUUUGUCAAAGAGAAGGGUAUCUUUAGUGGCGGCGAACUAAUCGACCUUCGGAAAAAGGUCUCUGCUCCAUUUGAGAAGAGAGCAGAUGUGGCUAGGGAGGAGGCCGUGAGGUCUGGUCGCAUGAAGAAAGAUGAGGCGAAAGCUAUCAAGGGUAUCAGCGACAAGGACCGAAAGGAGAAGCGAAAGAAUAAGAGGAUGCUCCAAGAUCGGCUGAACGAGAUUCAAAGGGAACGCAACACUGCCGUGCACGAGGCUUUGAAUAAGGGUGGUCCUAAAGCUAUGACUGUCGCAGCGGGAUGA